AAGGGUCUUUUAAAUAUGAAGGGUUUUAAAAUACUUUAUCAUCGUUUUGUUGCAGCGUGUAAUCCUGGUAGUUAUGGAAAGGAUUGCAAAGAGGUCUGCGGACAUUGUGAAGGCAAUGAACCGUGUAAUCACAUCAAUGGAUCGUGUCCAGGAUCAUGUGAACCGGGAUAUGCGGGAGAAAUGUGUUUAACAAAAUGCGGAAGCGGGCGCUAUGGAAGAAAUUGUAGCUCUGCUUGUGGACAUUGUGCGAAUAAUGCAACUUGUGAUCCAAUAACUGGCGCCUGUCCUGAAUGUGCACCAGGAUGGACUGAUUCGGGAGACAACAAAUGCGACAGAGCCUGCAAUGACGGUUGGUUCGGUAAAAAAUGUAAACAACGUUGUGGUUACUGUAGAGACGAUGAACCGUGCCAUCACGUGACCGGAUCCUGUUUAGGGUUCUGUGAACCUGGAUAUCUUGGGGAUAAAUGUGACGAAAGCGAGUUUUCUCAACUUCUUGCAAUACAGAGGAAAAUGCUCAACUCCGUAAGAGAACUGCUUUCUUUCAAACGACGAAAAGUUGGACUGAUUGCUAACAUCACGUCCCCCACUGACCUCAAAUAAGAGAAAUGUUCUCUGAAAGACUCAAAGAAUGAUGUGUUUACAUUGCAUUGAUUUGCAAACAAUGUUAUCAUUUGUAAACUUAAAUGUAAUCCAUUUGCUGAGGACAAGCAGCACUGUUUCAUAAGUGAAGAUAUUACAAUAAGUUUUUUUUUUAUUCACAAUGUUUCUUGUUUUUUCUUUAUUUUAUGCUUAUUAUCUUUUAUUUUGUAUCCGCAACAAGGUUUCAUAUUUUUUUUCACUGACAUUCACUGACACUAACAUUGAAUUUAUAUCAUAUACCCAUAUGUUUAAUUAGCAUGAAAUAAUAAUAAUAAAAUCUCUUUUAUUUUAA